AUGCCCGCCCUCCGCGCACCACCGACGCUCUCGCUGCUCUCGCGCGCGUCAACGACUACCUCGCUGACACACCUGUACCCCACGCCGCUCACGCGCUCCAUGUCGUCGUCCCACGGCUCCCAUUACGACCCGCCCACCGGCUGGUUCCUGGGCGUCCCGCCGGGGGAGAAGCAGGCGAAGGAAGGGUGGGAAGGGAUCUGGUAUUGGGGAUUCUUUGGGGGGCUGUUUGCGGCCGGAGUGGCGUACGCUUAUAAGCCGGAUACAUCGAUUCAGAGUUGGGCGCUGGAAGAGGCGAGGAGGAGGCUUGAGGCCGAGGGCAUCAUUGAGGACUCGACGAAGGGGCAGAAGUCGUUGCUGCGUACGGUGUCGGGGAGUCUGCCGCCGAGGCAUUGA